AUGGCCCGACCCUUGUCCGACGAGGCCAGCCUGUGGCUCAUUGAGCUCACGGUGAUCUACAGCGUGGCCGCGCUCGCCGCACUCACCGCCUACGGCAACGCAAGCGUGCUGAUGCAGGGCCGCUGCGGCUCGGCCGUUCAGGCCCUUCAGGUGCGGCGGCAGGCCUCCGCCGAACGCUUCUACCGGUCGAGCUGCGCCCGAUGCCUCGGGCUCACGGCGAGGCACGGGCAGGCUCUGGGCUCCUUGGCGUACAUGACGACGGUGGUGGUGCCGUGCCUGCUGUACACCGCCACGCUGCUGGGGGGCGCGAUGAUCGCCCUCGCCGAAGGGUGGCGCUUCCAAGACGGCUUCAUGUACAUCUGGCAGGACGUGUUCAGCCUUGGCCCGUACGUCUCGUUGCAGCCAGAGGGCGUGUUCGGGAUUGUGCUCGACCACUACGUGAGCCUAGUUGUGUUCGUUAUCACACAGAUCGUAUUGGGCUUCUGUGGAGGACUGCAGAUCGUCGGCGUCGUCCAGGAGGCAACAAGCAAGUCCGUUUCCGGUUUCGUGCGUAUCGUGUUUCUGUACAGCCCGAUUUCGAUGGCGUUCGUCUGCGUUUGUCAAGCUCUGGUUUUGAGAUGGUUGGAAGGCUGGGACCUUCAGGACUCAAUGGGCUUCGUUGUAGGAACACUCUGCAAUGUUCAGGCUGGUCUCAGCGACGAGAGUCCUCAAAACGUCAGCUCUUUGUUCUUGUGCUCUCAGUUCAUUGGCAUAACUAUGGCCGCUUCUGGGAUCGUGAUCCAGGUGGUCGGAUGCCACCUUGUCGUGGUCGAGUGUGUCACGCGCGUAAAUGACAUGGGGCUGGCCGUGGCCAUGGUCACCCCGAGGAUGUGGAGAAGAAAGGCUGGGCCGCCAGCCGAAUCAGAGAAUACCGUCUGUGAGGAGGAAGAGCCGGAGCGAGUUCCGGCGAACACCACGAGCCCCACGGAUGCGAAGCAGGAGUCGCAGCCGUCCUCUUCACAGUCGCAGGAGGAGCUGGCGAGCGUUCCCGCGAGCGUCAUCCCGCGGAUGCGCGCAGACUCUGACCAACAGCAUCUGGAGCCUCAGAAGCCGAGAUUGAAUUCGCCACCCGAGGAGGAGGACGCCGAAGUGCACAGUCUGAGACUGGCACUGGCUGCUUCCCAACAGCGGGAGCUGCAGCUGCAGCGCGAACUCGAGGCAGCGAGCGAGAGAAUAGCUGGUUUCGGUGGAGGGGCCCACGCUUCCCCACAGCCUGCCGCUGAGGGCUCGUGA